AUGACCACCAAAGAAGCAAAGGAGUACCUGUCUCACCAUCAUGUCCCUCAGCUGCUGGAGGACCCCAUCGACUUCCUGCAGCAGUGCCUGAUCACAACAAGACAGCUGGGGGGUCCUGAGUCCAUCACCUGGGACACCUUUAUUCGCCUGGAGAGACUCCAACUGAGCCUCGGACCCCCCAGAACAACAUCUGUUUCCUCCAUCAACAAUAAAACACCACUUGGAACCCCCCAAACGAAUCCUGAACCCAAACUGCUCACCCCGGGUCCAGCUGGACCUGCAGUGACCCGACCUAUCCACUCCGAGAGGGGGACAGAGAAAGAACAGGACACAGUCAGCACAGAGGCUCCCUCUCCUGGUCUUCCUCCUUCCCCAGUCCAGUCUCAGCUUUCCAUAGACUCAGAUUCUGACAUGACGGAAAGUUCUGGACUCCUUCAGGAAGUCAGCAUCCUCCCUCCUCGGAGGUCUCGUCCCCUCAUCAUCUUCAUCAUCGGUGGUCCAGGAAGUGGGAAGGGAAGUCAGGCAGCUAGGCUAGCUUGCUGCUUCAACCUCAGAGUCGUUUCAUUGGACGAGCUGCUCAGAAGGCAGCUGCUAAGCCACGCCUCCCCCAGCAGGAAGUGGAGGGUUAUUUCAGAAAUGAUGGGCCAUGGAGAGCUGGGACCACAGGAGGAGACGAUCUCAGAGCUGAGAAGACAGUUGAUUGCUCAGCAGGAGGUCAGAGGGUUCGUCGUGGAUGGAUUCCCUCCAGACGUCCACCAGGCUCUUAGCUUCCAGGAACAGAUUGGUUCUCCUGAUCUGGUGAUGCUGCUACUCUGCUCCAAUGAGACGCUGCGCUGUCGUCUGCAGCGACGAGCCACUCAGCUUGGUCUCCUAGGAGACAAUAGCCACGCCCUGCAGAGACGCCUGGAGACAUUUCAGAGAGACAUCGUCUCCAUCAGCAGAUACUACAGACAACUACACCUGCUGACACAGGUGGAUGCAGACAGAGAUGAGGAGGUGGUAUUUGCUGAUUUGAGUUCAGCCAUCAGAGAGAAACUGCUUCCCAAGGAUUUAUCAGAUUUUGCUGAUAUUCCAGAAUGUAGCAGUGUGAUCAGAUGUCAACAAUAA